GCUGCUCUAUAUAUAGCACAGUGACUUCAUUCGAAUCAAACACAUGUAUUCUAGUGUGGUUGGAGCAUAUUGGAAGCUUUAUUUUGCUGCACGGAUCUAAUUGACAGUUAUGAAGAUGGCUCGCCUAACCUCAGUACCAAGCACCUGCUCACAGUCCCAGAUUGCGGCCAGAAAGACCUUGAAGCUGCACAUCAAGAGGAUCAGAGAUCGCGAAUAUUCCAAGCUCCGGGCACUUGUCCCCUCAGUCGCUGAUAAGAAGAAGGUCUCAAAGGUGGAGGUAAUUGAAGAAGCAGUGCGUUAUAUCGAGGAACUCCAAGAUGCCCUUCUCGAGAGAUUUCGACAAAAACAUGGCUCACAUGGCGACGAGUUAGCAGAGGAGACGAUGAAGAACUUCGUUAUGCAGCUGAUGCCCGAGUCUCCCAAAUCCUCAUCCCUUGUUAACUUUGAGAAGCGCCAGAGCAGACCUAGCUUCCUGGUCAUGAAGAGAAGAAAAGGUUCCCACUAGGAGCUCUCUCGCCUGUAUAUACUAGAAGCCUGACUGUGAUACUUGAUGGUGCUAACGAAGCAAGGAUCUUGCUCAACUUCAACUCCAUACACAUGUUCAAGACAGACAGAAAUACAGACAGACGACACAUCUCAUCACACAUCUCCCAUCCAUCAUCACCUCGUCAAGGUCAUGGGGUCAGAGGUCAUUGCAGCCAUGACGUCACUUUACACAAACCAUGAUGAUCAAACUGUCAUUUCACCUCAAAGCUUAAUCGGAAGAGAAUGCUAGACUGGGCUCUGUCUUGUCAAGCAAUACCUGAACAUCAUUGGCCGCCUUCAACCUUGUUCCGGGAUGUGAUUGGCUGAAAUCCCCACCCCAUCGCACAAGCCUUUGGUGUCCUACCAACGACCCACUCACGAACAUAUUUACCAUUUUUCAGCAUCUCUGUGUACUACAUACAAGUACGACUGAACUGCGUUGUGAAGAGUGAUUUUAAGUGAUUCUGUAGGCUCCAUCAACAUUUUAUUGGAAUACGACUGAACAUGGUGAUGAACACACGUGUUUUAGUCAACCGCGGCUUCACUACCUUAAACUGUCAAUACAACUUCUACAGAUAUAUUUUACAUUUCUUGUUAUGUAAUUGUUAAUCUACCUUCUGUUGACGCUAUGUUAAGUUGCUGUCUUCUGUACCACAUGAACAAGUUGGACCUUGCACUCAACGUAUAUUAUGAUUUCAUGUUGUCACACUGACUGCUUUUCCGUUUGUUUUGAUAUUGUGCCUGCUGUGUUCUUAAUAAAUUGUUUAUAUAUCUGAAAUAA